AGUUGUUGUAUAGCUUUGUGCCAUAGUGAAACAGACAUAAGCCUAAUAAAUUCAGUUUGUAAUCAGAGACCUGACCGGCUGUGAAAAUGUCCGUGAUGCUCCUGUGCCAGAGUUGGAAAAAUCUUUAAAUGUGAUUUUUUUUUCCUCUCAUUUUUCACUUUUGGCUCUAACCAGACUUUACGUGCAGGUCAGUAAGUAAAGAAAGUAGGAAGAGGAAAGAACAUGAAGGCAGUUCAUUUCACCACCUUGGAAGGGUGUGUGUGCCCCCAGAGGAAGGGAUGAAGGUUUCUUUUCUGUUCCGGCAAAGUCAGCAACAAUGAAAAGUGAAGUAGAGAGAGAAUAUCAAGAAGGAGAGAGAGAAGGAAGAGAGGAGAGGUGAAAGAGGAGCCUUUGAUCCUACGACGAGACAAAAACCUGCCAAGGCAUGCUUGCUGGAGAGUGAAGGGGAGUGGGAGGAGUGUGCACGCACUGACACACACACUCACACACCCACCUACUUCCAUACACACACAUGCACAAAGGUAGGAAAGUUCAAAGUUUGCUAGUGGCAAAUCGCAUUGACUCGCCGUCUCUGCAGGUUAGUCUGGAGUUUCAUUCAGCUGUCAAUGCGCUUGUCCAGGAACUCGAGCAACCAGGAAAGAAUAAGGAAGAAAAAGAGGAACUAACUAAAGGAAAAAAGAAAGCAAUCUGGAAUUGGCACUGUAAAGAGAUGAGAGGAUGCUGCAGGGAAGCAGCGUGAGGCCGAGUCCCACCUGAAGCCCAUCCUCCUCCUGUUCCUCCACCUGCCGCCAUCCCAUGAUGCACUGCCCGUGCCGAGGGAGGCUGAAGCUGCUGCUGGCGUCUCUGAGCUUCAUCAUCCUGCUCACGUGGCUCUACCUGCUGGCGGGCAACCUGGAGAAUGGCCGCUCCUUGCUCCUUGCUCCAUGUCUUCUGGAGUCCACGGAGGCGCGCUUCCUCGAGCGGGAGGUGCUCGCGUCUCGGGUUCGACAGGUGGAGGAAGAGAACCGGCAAAUCCGCCUCCAACUCAGUCAAUCCCAGGGCCAGACUGAAGGUAACUAUGGCAACCAGCAGUGGGUGGCAUCAGCAGAUACGGGAGCAGAGGAUGUGGAGAACACGGCGGAGGAACGGGCCAAUCACAGCGAGUGUGUCCGCUCACCUACUGCAGAGAAGUGUGAGCUGAUUCACGUGGCAUGUGUGUGUGCGGGUCACAACGCCAGCCGAGACGUGGUCACCCUGGUCAAGUCCAUCUUAUUCCACAGGAGAAAUCCUUUGCAUUUUCACUUCAUAACCGACACAGUGGCCAAUCAGAUCCUCAGCACGUUGUUCCAGUCGUGGAUGGUACCGUCAGUGCAAGUCAGCUUCUAUGAUGCUGAUGAACUGAAGCCGGAGGUUUCAUGGAUACCCAACAAACACUAUUCAGGAAUUUAUGGCCUGAUGAAACUCACGCUCACCAAAGCGCUGCCCUCUGACCUCUCGAAAGUCAUUGUGCUCGAUACGGACAUCACUUUUGCCACUGAUAUUGCUGAGCUAUGGGCCAUCUUCAGAAAGUUCACAGCAAAGCAAGUGAUUGGACUCGUAGAGAACCAGAGUGACUGGUACUUGGGGAACCUGUGGAAGAACCACAAACCCUGGCCUGCUCUGGGACGUGGCUUCAACACAGGGGUAAUCCUGCUCUAUCUGGAGCGCUUACGGAAGCUCGGGUGGGAACAGAUGUGGAGGUUAACAGCAGAGAGAGAGCUAAUGAGCAUGCUUUCCACUUCCCUCGCUGAUCAGGAUAUUUUCAAUGCAAUCAUAAAACAGAACCCGGUUCUUGUGCACCAGUUGCCAUGCUUCUGGAACGUACAGUUAUCAGACCACACUCGCUCUGAGCAAUGCUACACAGAGGUGUCCGAUCUUAAGGUGAUUCACUGGAAUUCUCCAAAAAAACUGCGAGUAAAAAACAAGCAUGUGGAAUUUUUCCGGAAUCUUUACUUGACCUUCCUGGAGUAUGAUGGGAACCUUCUCCGGCGAGAACUCUUCGGGUGUCCGAGUCAGGCCACCUCUGAGAGCACACGGCUUCAGAAAGCACUAGAGGAGCUGGACGAGGAUGACCAGUGCUAUGAUUUCCGGCGUGAGCGAAUCAUGGUGCACCGUGUACACCUUUAUUUCCUGGAGUAUGAAUACACAUCGACCGAGGAUGAUACGGACGUCACUCUGGUGGCCCAGCUGUCAAUGGACAGACUGCAGAUGCUGGAGGCCAUCUGUAAACACUGGGAGGGACCCAUCAGUUUGGCACUCUAUAUGUCGGAUGCCGAGGCUCAGCAGUUCUUACGCUAUGCUCAAGCUUCAGAGGUCCUCAAAAACCGCAAGAACGUGGGAUACCACAUUGUCUACAAAGAGGGCCAGUUCUACCCUGUUAACAUGGUUCGCAAUGUGGCUCUCCGUAAUGCCAAAACCCCUUACGUCUUUCUGACCGACAUAGAUUUCCUCCCUAUGUACGGACUCUAUGAUUACCUCAGAAAAUCCAUUGUCCAGUUGGACAUGGCCAACACCAAAAAGGCUCUGGUAGUGCCAGCCUUCGAGACUCUGAGAUAUCGCCUCUCCUUUCCGAAAUCCAAAGCCGAACUGCUAUCCAUGCUAGACAUGGGGACUCUCUACACCUUCAGGUACCAUGUGUGGACCAAGGGUCACGCACCAACCAACUACGCCAAAUGGAGGACUGCCACUACACCUUACAAGGUGGAGUGGGAGGCAGACUUUGAGCCCUACGUGGUGGUCAGGCGGGAUUGCCCUGAGUAUGACCAGAGAUUUGUGGGCUUUGGCUGGAACAAAGUCUCCCACAUCAUGGAGCUGGAUGCACUGGAGUAUGACCUGAUGGUGUUACCAAAUGCCUUCAUGAUCCACAUGCCCCAUGCGCCCAGUUUCGACAUUUCAAAGUUUCGCUCCAGUCCGAGUUACCGGUUCUGCUUGACGACUUUGAAGGAAGAGUUCCACCAAGAUCUCUCCAGAAAAUAUGGUGCUGCUGCUCUGAAGUACCUCACUGCUCAGAGGAACAUUUGAAUUCAGCCCUUAAUGUAUGUCCAUGCACACUGGGGACACCUCUAAUCUGUUCCUGGAGGCCUAUCGGCCGCAUGCUGCUCUCAGACAUGUUGAUGUGUCCAAUGUGUGUCAAGGUACUGAACUGUCCUUUCACAUGUCUGCAUUUCUAUUAAAUCUGCUGGACGCAGAUCAGACUGACUGGAGCUUUAAACCUCGUUUUUGAAUAUAGCUGUCACAUUCAAGACUUAAAACAGCGAUGUCAGCACUACCCCAAGCUAUGUCAAAAUUAAGACUGAGUGAAACCCAAAACAAGAUGGCUAAUACCUAACCAACUGCUGGUUAGCAGUGUUAAUUGAAGUCUAUUGUAUGUCUGUUCUUAAAGGUCUGGCAAGCUACUUGCUUAAAAGCAUAAGAGAUCUUGAUCAAGGUUUUUUUUGACAAUCAGGGCUUUCUCUCGACUAAAUGUAAACAGCUUAUUCGGGGAGUUAAGCAGAGUUAGAGAAAAGACGUGAACUUUUUAAAGCCUCUUUUAUUUUGGAAAGGGCAUCACAACUGGAGGAAUAGAUUAAGCCUUAUGAAUCCCUCACUAUUUAAGAUAUUUAUGCUUUUUGUUUCUUUUUAAAUGAUAUGGCCAAUGAACUUUGGGUGUUGACUUACAAUAUAUGUUUUGAUUAUAAGAUUAUGAGAUCGAAAAUAAGUCAUAUUAUUUUUUCAUUUCUACAAACGGAGUACCAUAGGUGACUGAGAGAGUGAAUGCUUGAUGGAGAAACAUAACUUGUCUAGUGAGGAUAUUGGCUUAUUUGCUUUCCAUUAGGCAUGACAGGUUGUCUGGACAUGUGUGUUAUUGCUGCAUUUAGGACUGUCACUUAACUGUCACAUGUUUUGGCAUGCAUAUUCCAUAUCCAGCACUGUAGCAUCUCAUCAGCUUUUAUCUCAAAUUCACUCUGACCACUAUACAUUUAACAAAAUGUUUAAAUAAGAAUAUAUCUAUCGUAUGAGCGAUCCAGACCAGGGACCAUCAAAUGACCCCUCAGCUGUUCAAUUAUAUUGUAUUAUUUACUAAUGGUCAUUGCUAAAAUCCUGGAAAACUACUGUAUGUGUCAAACUGUAAUACAAUUACAAAAAAGAGCGGAACAAAAAAAUGAUUGUGGAAACCCUAUGAAAGUGGUACUAACUAAUUGGUGGGGAAAAUGUAGGAGGUACAUCACUGGCUCAUUACAGUUCAUCUAUCUCGCAUCGUUCACCCUCCACUACUGCAAACACUGCAGUACACGUUUGUAGUACAUGCCUGUGCCUUUGCUGUAUUGUGAAACUGGAUAUUGAUUGUACUACUGUACAUGUCAGCGGGGCCUGCAAGAGGUACUCUAUUUAUUAUUGACUUAAAUCAAUCAUAUUUUUCUAUGUAGGGGUUAAGUGCUUUAAAUAAAUUUGCCCUUUUUCUAAGACA